GAUGUCAGUAUUGUUGAAAAGCCUUCAGGAUUAAAAAAAGAACAACUGAACUAAACUAAUUGAUAAAAUGAAAAAAAGAACAGUGCUGUUGAUUUUAUGUCUUGUGGCUGUUUCUCAAGGAGAGAUUCAUGUCAAUAAGAAUCGUGAAGUAGAUGUGAUGGAAACAAAAAUAAUUAAGAGAAUUGAAGAACUUAAUAAACUUCAUAGAAUUAAAAUUUUUGGAGAUAUUAUUACUUUAGAAAAAUUGGAUGAUAGUGAGAUAAUUAAGGACAAUUUAAAACGAUCUGAUGAUCCUUUAGUUGCCAAAGUAGACGACUUUUUUAAUUCUAAGAAAAUUCAAGUCAGAUUCCCUACUGAUGGAUCAGCUGCUGAUUUUUUUGGAAGAGCUUUAGGACAAAAAAAUAUUGAUAUUAAUUUAAAAGGAUUGACUCAUGGUGCUUCUGAAGCAAGAACUAAACUAAAAAAAAUGAUAUUGCCAAUCCUGUUGGCGUUGAAAUUCAAAGCCUUAGUCGAGGUUCCAGUCAUCAUAGCACUAAUCGGUGCAUUGAGUCUCAAAGGGUUAGGAACAGGAUUAGCAGCCCUUUUCAUAGCCAGUGCAGUAGCUUUGAAGUCUUUGGUAACUCCACCAAUUCCAUAUCCAGCUAGGGUGAGUUAUGGAAUUGUUAAACCAGAGAUUUACCACGAGCAUUGGCAUCGUUCACAAGAAGAAAUCAAUCAGCCUUACAAGGCAUGGGAUCCAGACUUUAAUAUUGAUUCUUAUCCUUAUCAUAGCUUGCCUUAAAAUAUUAUUUAUAAACACAUAUAAAUAAUAAUUUA